CUUAGCUCCUCAGUUGCUAUGGCAACCAGGGAGAACAGCCAGACAAAAAUGAGGCAAAGGGGAGGGGCUUUCAAGGGAGAAAUAGAGGAGAAAGGGCUGGAUGUGAAAGAUAGACAGAGGGAGGGAUACAGACAGCCAUUAAAGAAACGCAGUUAAAGCAAAAGAGGUAAAGCAAGACUACAGACGGAGAUAGAGAUAAGGUCUGGAUAUAAAUGCUCACUCCACUGGCAGGGGAAUUAUAACUGCAAGUGACUGGAGGAUACAGAGAAAGGGGGACUCAGAGAGAAGAUGGAUGUACAAACGGAGAACAUGGACCCCCCGCCUUGUGAAUCCCAGUCGAGUGGAAAAAUCAGAAAAGGAUUCAAGCUGUUUGGCAAACGCAAGCCAGGUAACAUCUUUUCUAUUCGAAGCAAAGGGGAUGGAAACAACAAGUCACCUGUUAUCAGGAGCACUACCAUAGAUGGAUUAUCUGAGACCGCUGCACAAGAUUUAGAGCAGGAGCUGGACAGGGAAAAGGGACAGGAGGUGAGUCAAGGAGAGAGGGAGCAUGCAGAGGAGGAGCCGCUUGGUGAAGAUGGCACUCUGGCUGCUGCCCCUGCUCGCGCCUCCAUUUCUUCAGCCAGCUCAGCCAAGUCCCUCAGCUUCCUGUCGUUGCUGAGGGGUGGCCGGAGAGGAGUGGGGGACCGCAGAGUUCACACCGUGUCCCAGCCAGUGGGUCGACAUCGUCGUGGGCUGAAGGGUCUCUUUGACAAUGUUAGGUUCCGAUCAAAAGAUAAAGAGAAGGAGGAAGCCCCUCCGAGCCCUCUUCUCAUGUCGUCCCGCGCCAACAGUGUGGAAAUCAUCAAAGAGGACCUCACCCUUACCCCUAAAUGCCAGCCUCGCUCUCUGGACAGCCCUGAGACUGAGAGCUGUGAUCCUGAGAAGAGCUUAACAACACAAGACAGUGCAGCCACAUCCCCAUCAGAGCCCAUAACUCCCCAGGUGACAGCAGGCAAUGUGAGUAGAACUAAUGAGCAUGUGCUGCCUUUACCCACCUCUGAACCACCCUUGGUACCCGGUGAUAACAGCCUGAGCUGCUUGCUGGCAGACAUCUCCUCUCUCCUGACCUUUGACUCAAUCUCAGGGGGUGGUGACAUCAUGGCUGAUGUGGAGGCAGAGUGGGGGAAAGCCAGCAGUCCCAUUGGUUCUGUGGUGACGGAAGUCAUGCCAUCAUCCACAUCUCUCUUCUCUAAACCUACCAUCUCAACUCCACUGACCUCUGCCUCUGUCAGCAAUGCUGCUAUGGCAAAAUCCUCAUCUGUAGCCGUCCCCACGACAGCCUCCACCCAAUCCUUUACUCCUCUGACAAAGACACCUUCAACCUCUUCUCCCAUUGCCAAGCCCAGCUCCAUCAUCACGACGUUGACCAAAUCUUCCACUUUGACUACUCACUCAGUCAAAUUGAGUUCGGACUCUACUCCAGCCUCUGAGCCUUCUGCUAGCAUUAAACUUAAAUUGACUCUUACGCCCAUUGCAACAAAACCUUCAACAACCCCUAUAUCUUUAACAGGCCUUUCCGCUCCAAUAAUGUCUCCCCCUUCUAUGACAAUUAAAUCUGCACUGAGCUCCACCUCUACUACUACCGCAGCUCCACCAAACACCCCGGCCACUGUAGUCAAGGCUCCCUCAGUUAGCCCAACUAUUACCUGUAAGGCUAGCAAAUUGGCUUCAGAGAUUGCAGCACCUCUUCAAAUGAUUGCUUCAGUAAGUAAACCUAUCUCUGUAACCACUCCAACUCCUGUGUCAGCUAAACCUCCACCAGUAACCCAUAGCCCUCCCACCCCUGUUGCUUUCACCCAACCUUCACCUGCUAAAUUGGAUUCAGCUAGCAGUUUGAACCUGCAAACUUCCACUUCCUACAAACUUUCCCUAAGUUCAGCUGCAGGAGAAUCUAAAGCCCCAGUGAUAGUAUCAACGGCCUGUGCAGUUACAACCAAACCCUCCUCUCCUGCACCAGUUAUCCCCUCCAAGAUGACAAUGGUUCCCACAUUAACUACGACCUCAGGCUCGGUAUCUGCGGCCCUUUACAUACCUACCCUUACCUCUAGCCCAAUGGACUUAAAUAAGACCCCUCCCUCCCUUGCAAGUGUUCCAGAUAUUUAUCCUUACUCUCCCCCUACUCCCAGGACUAGAACCCAACCCAGUGCCGCUGCAUCUCUCCCAACUCCAUCUUCAACUUCCUUAGAUAAGAUUCCUCCCACGACUAAAUCCACUCCUGCACCAGUCUCAUUAGAUAAGACGCCCCCUGCUCCACCAUCGACUCCAACUCCUACCACUCAUGCUGUUGUUUCUACAGCAUCCACAACACCUCCUCCUCCGGGUCAGAUCCAAGUCUCUCAAUCUAAAGCCCCUCCAGUUCCUGCUCAAAUCCCAAUUUCUGUACCUAAAGAUCCACUUUCCCCUGCUCAAAUGCAAGUUUCUCAAUCUAAAGCCCCUCUUGCUCCUGCUCAGAUCCCAAUUUCUGUAUCAAAGCCCCCUCCUAUCCCUGCUCAGAUCCCCAUUUCUGUAUCAAAACCCCCUCCUGUCCCUGCUCAUAUCCCAAUUUCUGUAUCAAAGCCCCCUCCUGUCCCUGCUCAGAUCCCCAUUUCUGUAUCAAAGCCCCUCCUUUCCCUGCUCAGAUCCCAAUUUCUGUAUCAAAACCCCCUCCUGUCCCUGCUCAGAUCCCAAGUUCUGUAUCAAAGCCCCCUCCUGUUCCUGCUCAGAUCCCAAUUUCUGUAUCAAAACCCCCUCCUGUCCCUGCUCAAAUCCCAAGUUCUGUGUCUAAAGAUUCGCCUGCUCCUGUUCAAAUUCAAGUUUCCCAAUUUAAAGCCCAGAUUGCCCCUGCUUGUAUCGCAGUUUCUGCAUCUACUGACCUUCCUGCCCCUGUUCAUAUCCCAGAUUCUGUAUCUAAAGCCCCUCCUGCACCAACCCCUGGCCCUUGCCCUGUCACUUCUCUUCCUUCUACCCCUGCACCUUGUCCGAGUGAGGCCCCAGCCUGCUAAGAUGAGAGGAAGUGGACAGGCAUCAGUCGAUGGGCAACUGACUAGUCCAAGUAGCACAAGUGCCCAGGGGGCCCAGACCGUACCAUCCAAAACAGAGGAACUGCAAAAUGAGUCACAAAAGAGCCUUCAGGGUCCCUCCAGAGAAAGGAGGAUACCACAAGCAAAGGCAUCAGGACUUAGCAAAAUACCUGUAGUAGGAGGGGGCAGAGCAGGCAAGCUACCUGUCCGGGACAGUCAACAUGUUGAUGAUGAAGGAUGCAGGGACCCACCUACUCCUAUGCACGAAGAAGAGAGGCCCCAUUUCAACUCACACGAUGCAGGGAGCAAAGAUAAAAUCAGUGAUGUUGAAGCUAAUGUGCCCACCUCAAAACACACCAAGGAGGAGAGUCAGCAGCUUCCCCAGCCGAAAGUCCUCACCAGUUCACCGCGUGACUCAAAGAUCCCUGUGAAGCACGGCGUACAGUCUCACACUGCCUCCCAAAUCCCUCAAGCUAAAGAACCCUCUCGCACCAAGAUACCUGUGUCCAAGGUUCCUGUCCGCAGGGCUGACUGUAAUUCCUGGCGUCACUACACCAUAAGCAACAGUAACAGAGUCGAGGAGGCCGACAGCACUCAAGCACAAAACAUCUCCACAGGGAGCCGAACAACAAGUCUGGCUCUUUGGUGCUGAGCCAACUGGACAUGCACUCAGGAAAGGUUCGGGGUCACACCUGAACACACAGCAGCAUCGGUAACUAAGGAUAAGCAAGAUAAAAAGGUCUUCUGGGAACACAGUCACACAACAUGGGCGAGUGCCUUUUUAAAGGGUGCUUUUCUGACAGACUCUCAGAAUUAAUCUUUUCUACAGUACUUUUAACUUUUGUUACUCCCACUUUUUGUAGGAACCGUUAAAUCUUUUUGUCUUUCUUUUCAGCAAGUCUAUUUGAUAAUAACCUGUUUUUAUUUAUGUCAGGAGAAGAACAUCAGGAGCUCUAUAAAUUAAUGCAACAACCAAAUUUACAUUCCACACCUAUCUCUGGAUCUAUGUAGCAGAAAAUGUGCCAUUACAUUUUGCACAAGAUGUUGAACUGUACAGCGCCUGUGUGUCGGCUUGCUCAUAUGUAACAUGAUCAGAUCUCACUGUGAUCUCUGAGAAAGACUGGUUUUGAGGGAGGAAUGGAAAUCACUCCUUCCAAUGAAAAGGACAGUGGACAGCAGCCAUUAUGAAUGGCACUGUGGAUGUUUGAGCGAGACAGAGAGGAUGCUGAGAGAUCUCUCACACACUGGCACAUCCUUAUCCCACUUAUACUCAGAUGAGAACAAUAUAUCUGUGUAUCAUCUCAUCUAUGUUGUUCUGUUUCCUGUUAUAAUCAAUAAAACAUUAUGAGUACUUCGCAAGAUGA